GGGGCCCCGCGGUGCCAGGCGCGGCCGGGCGGUCUCCCGCCGCCGCCGCUCGCUCCGCCUUUCCCCCCGCCCCGGCCGCUGCCCGAAUCACGGGAGGAAGAUGGCGGCGCUCAUCCCCCUCAGCCAGCAGUUUUCUACUGGGAAUCCAUUAUAUGAAACUUACUACAAACAGGUAGAUCCAGCAUAUACGGGGAGAGUUGGGGCAAGUGAAGCUGCGCUGUUUCUUAAAAAAUCUGGUCUCUCUGAUAUUAUCCUUGGAAAAAUAUGGGAUUUGGCUGACCCGGAGGGUAAAGGAUACUUGGAUAAACAGGGUUUCUAUGUCGCGUUGCGCCUCGUAGCAUGUGCACAGAAUGGCCAUGAUGUUAACCUGAGCAGUCUGAACUUGACUGUGCCACCUCCUAAAUUUCAUGACACUAGCAGUCCUUUGCUGAUCACACCACCUUCAACAGAGACUCACUGGGCUGUUAGGGUGGAAGAAAAAGCAAAGUUUGAUGGUAUUUUUGAAAGCCUUUUGCCAGUAAAUGGUUUACUUUCAGGAGACAAAGUAAAACCAGUACUGAUGAAUUCAAAGCUACCUCUUGAUAUCCUAGGAAGGGUCUGGGAUCUCAGUGAUAUUGAUAAAGAUGGUCACCUGGACAAGGAUGAAUUUGCUGUGGCAAUGCAUUUGGUUUAUAGAGCUCUUGAGAAAGAGCCAGUUCCUUCACUAUUACCCCCUUCUCUCAUACCACCUUCUAAAAGAAAGAAGACGCCUGUCUUCCCUGGUGCAGUUCCUGUUCUCCCUGCAAGUCCUCCACCAAAAGAUAGCCUCCGUUCUACCCCAUCUCAUGGUAGUGUCAACAGUCUGAACAGCACAGGGAGUUUGUCUCCCAAGCACAGCAUCAAACAAGCACAGCCAUCUGUGAAUUGGGUAGUACCAAUGUCUGAAAAAGUGCGAUACGAUGAAAUUUUCUUGAAAACAGACACAGACAUGGAUGGUUUUGUGAGUGGCCAAGAAGUAAAGGACAUUUUUAUGCAUUCAGGUCUGUCUCAGAAUCUCCUAGCACAUAUAUGGGCUUUGGCAGACACAAGACAGAUGGGAAAGCUAAGCAAAGAUCAGUUUGCACUAGCAAUGUAUCUCAUUCAACAGAAGGUCAGUAAAGGGAUUGAUCCUCCACAAGUGUUGUCCCCAGAUAUGAUCCCUCCCACAGAGAGGAACACUCCCAUACAGACUCUGUCAGGUUACUUGACCCCUGUAGGAACUGAGAUCUCAGCACUAACAGAAAUGCGUCGUGAUAGUUCAAGUUCUGUUGGAUCAGGAGAAUUUACAGGUGUGAAGGAACUGGAUGAUAUUAGUCAAGAAAUUGCACAGCUGCAGAGAGAAAAAUACUCGCUAGAGCAAGACAUUAGGGAAAAGGAAGAAUCAAUCAGACAGAAAACCAAUGAAGUUCAGGAACUACAAAAUGAUUUAGAUAGGGAGACAAGUAACUUGCAAGAGCUAGAGGCUCAGAAGCAAGAUGCCCAAGACCGCCUGGAUGAAAUGGACCAGCAGAAAGCCAAACUGAAAGAUAUGCUGAAUGAUGUAAGGCAGAAAUGCCAGGAAGAAACACAGGUGGUGAGUAUUUCAUCACUAAAAAUGCAGAUUCAAUCUCAGGAAUCAGAUUUAAAAUUACAGGAAGAUGACCUUAAUAGAGCAAAAGCAGAGCUGAAUCGUCUCCAGCAAGAAGAGACUCAGCUAGAGCAGAGUAUCCAGGCUGGAAAAGUGCAGCUUGAAACAAUAAUCAAAUCUUUAAAAUCAACACAGGAGGAAAUAAACCAGGCAAGAAGUAAACUUUCUCAGCUUCAAGAUAGUCAUCAAGAAGUCAAUAAGAGUAUAGAAGAAUAUAAUGAAGCUCUCAAUGGGAUUCAUGGCGGUAGUCUGACGAAUUUAGCAGACAUAAGUGAAGGCCUUGGGCAGACGGAAAGAAGCAAUUAUGGAGCUAUGGAUGAUCCAUUUAAGAAUAAAGCCUUGAUGUUUACCAAUAAUACACAAGAAUUGCAUGCAGACCCAUUCCAGUCAGAAGAUCCUUUCAAAUCUGAUCCAUUUAAAGGAGCAGACCCUUUCAAAGGCAGUGACCCAUUCCAGCAUGAUCCUUUUGCAGAACAACCACCUGCUCCAGCAGAUCCAUUUGGAGGUGAUCCAUUUAAGGAAAGUGACCCAUUUCGUAGUUCUGCCCCUGAGGAUUUCUUCAAGAAACAGGUGAAGAGUGACCCAUUUACCUCAGAUCCAUUCACAAAACCCCCCACUUUACCCUCAAAGCCUGACCCUUUUGAAAGCAGUGAUCCUUUUACGUCUUCCAGUAUCUCUUCAAAAGGUCCAGAUCCAUUUGGAACACUGGAUCCAUUUGGAAGUGGUGCUUUCAGUAGUAGUGAGGGAUUUGCAGACUUCAGUCAGAUGUCAAAGUCAGUAGCUUCAGACCCCUUCGCCUCCUCUUUUGGAGGGAUGGGAUUCUCAGAUGACCCUUUCAAAAGCAAAUCAGACACACCAGCGUUACCACCGAAGAAAAAUGUCCCUCCACGACCCAAGCCACCCAGUGGUAAAAGUACUCCUGUAAGCCACCUUGGGUCUUCAGAUUUUCCCAAGCCCCAUGAUCCAUUCCAGCCAUUUGGGGCUGACAGCAGUGACCCGUUUCAAAGUAAAAAGGGGUUUGGGGACCCAUUUAGUGGAAAAGAUCCAUUUGCUCCCUCCUCUUCAAGUAAAACUUCUAAAGACUCUUCCUUGGGGUUUGCAGACUUCAGCUCUUUUGGAAAUGAAGAACAGCAGCUGGCAUGGGCAAAGCGUGAGAGUGAAAAAGCAGAGCAAGAAAGACUAGCUCGAUUGCGGAGACAAGAGCAAGAAGACCUUGAGUUGGCUAUUGCACUCAGUAAGGCUGAUAUGCCAAACUCUUAAAUAGAGGUUCUUUGGCUCCACCCUGUCCAAGUGAAACCUUUAAACAUGGCUUUUAUAAAAAUACUAAAUUCUUGGUUUAUGUUGUGAAAAUAAUUUUAGUCACCUUCAACUCUAAACAAGACUGGCUGGUUACGUCAAACUGGGUUCUGUGUGGCUUUUCAAGUGCAUAAUAUGCAGGAAACACUGUCUAAGCUGUAUUACAUGUUCUAGAUAAAAUUUACUGCUUGUAAGAAAUUUAACGUAUGAUCCUAAGAUACUGAAAGCAAAGUUUCUUUAUCUGGAAGACAAUGUUGCAUAUAGUAAACUGCAACUUGUGAAUCUGGCUUUUCUGAAUUCCAUUGGUUUUUUGAGGCUGCAGUAUGAAUUUCAAAGAAAAUGUCAUAAAAAGAUAAUAUUUAUAGAAUUAGCUUUCACUUGUUACACUGAUUUAAUAAUCCAUGGUAGGCUAAUCAGUAUGUCAUCUAUGUCAAAGUCUUCAGCAUAAAUUCAUUAUUAGAUGGUCCCUUUUUAUCCAGGAGAUGUGGUUCUUACAAAAGAAUAUGGCAAUUUAUAUAUGAUGAAUACAAACAUAGUGAACUGUAUAAAAUAAUACGAAUUUGAAGCCUCUAUGAAUGAGUAGUUCUUCUAAUUUAAAUAUUUGUUUGCAUUGAGUUUUAAUAAUUGUAUGUGAUGUUGUAAAAGAGGGAGUUAAUUCAGUUGUAGUAAAUUGCACAACUAAUUUGGUAAUUAAACCAUUAGGUAAAAAUCUUGCUUUAUCUCAUAAGCAAAUAUGAUUGCAGGGUUGUGAUACAAGUUUGAGUGCUGCUUUCAUGUAAAAUCAAGUGAUGGAAAACUUACUGAGCUUGAGCAGUGUUCAUCCCUACAACUCAUUUUACCCUCUUUUGCUCCAACUGCCAGAACAUAGACCGUAUUAUUUGUGUUACCCAAUGGACUGGGUGAGACAGUCCCUGCCUCUGUUUCUUUAAUUCCACCUAUCUUAUAUUAUGGGGUUACAGAUCAAACAUAGUUUAGCUGAAAUAAGGCCAAGUUGAAACAGAUUUUAUUUGCCAAAUACAUGUUCAUGCAUAAGUUAUAGAAGUACUGGUAGACUGGAUUGACUUUAAAAUAUGGCUUGUGGUAGUAAGUCCAAGUAGGAACAGAUUUUAUAUAUACCUGUAGAACUCAAUACUUCCACCUGGCAAGGAUAACACAGAAUGUGUUUUACAUGUCAUAUAUAAAAUAAGUCCUUAUGAUACGUCUGUGAAUUAUUUACUUACUAAAAAUGCCUUUUCUGAUUACAGGAAUUCUAAAACUUCCAUCGACUUUGCCUUGGACUUUUAUGUCUAACGAGAGUAGGCAUCUAGCACAAAAUUUUUAAAAUGUCCUUAAUGUGUAUCUGCUUUCCUGUCAUUAGUUCUGUAGGAAUACAAAGCUUAACAUUCUGUGUUUUUACUGACGCAGCCCUUAUAAUGUUUUCUCUAUUUUUUUGAAAAUGUGGUAUUCCUUCAUCAUCUUCAACGCAUUUAUAUUUUUUACAUUCUUGCUUCCUUACUUUUAUUUUUCACAAUACAAAGAUAGUGCCUGUUCACUGAAUGAAAACAAUCUUUCCCCAUUCUGUUGUAAUUGCCUUAUUCUGGAUGCUUUCCUUACACAGAGAUAAGAAUCAGAUUGCAUCAUUUUAAUCUUCUUAGUAGUUUUCAGCUCUGAAAUGCAGCUAAGAUGUGGCAUUUGUUGUCUCAGGCAUUUGUGAGUAGGUAUAUGGGCGAGUGCAUGUCUGUGUGUGUACAUGCACACACACGUGCCCACAUCCAUCCAUUUACAUAGGCAGCAAUACAUAUGGCAAAACUGAAACCCCGUAUCCCAAAAUGCAGUUUUAGGAGUCAGUUCCCAGUUUGUUGUGUGUCUCCUGUGCUAAUGGUACUACAAAUAAUGUGAAUCUUUAAUUCCUUUCAGAAGGGGAGAUGUAUUCUAGUAUCAAAACCAACCAUAUAAUGAUCUUUAAUACUGUCUUCUAAUGACCCCUUUGGAAUGCAGUAGAAGGUAUUUCUAAUUUUACAGGACCUGAUUUGAAAUCCCUUCCCACUGUGGUAAUUUUUCUCUAAAAUAUGUUAGGUUAAAUGAUCAAACAUACUAAAAUGUCAACAAAUUCUCUUUUCUGUUGGUGUACAAGACUUGAAGUCUCUGAGAGCAAACUUGGGUCUGUCUAUAGCUAACAUGAGAUAAAACUUCUGCUAUGAGAGAGCAAUUUUCAAAAUUGAAUGGCUGCAGGAUUCUCAGUGAAGCUAAACAAAUUGUAUCCAUGUGUAAGAUUCUCCUUUUCAUUUUCAUUUGGGCCUGAGUCUUUGUGGUGUCUCUUCUGCUACAACAAAACCCCAUUCAUAUGUAGUGCCAUUUUAGAAAGGAAAACCACUUUUGGCCUACUGCUUGGAUGAUGUCGCUCCAGUGGGACGGGGUGGAUGAGCUAAAUAGCUUGAUUCAUUAUCUGAGUUAUGUACCAUAACAAGACUUUCUGCUACUUUGUCAGUGCUCUAAAAUACUGUAAUUUAUAAUGCUUCUCAGGCAAUGAGUCUGUGUUUUCAAGAUGUUCAGCAGGAAGCCAGAAAUGUGAAUUAAUCUAGCAUUCCAUAUAGUGUUAGAACUAAUUGCUCAUUUUCCUAUUUCCUUAUUGACUCAUUCUUCAUAUUUGCUUGGACAGUAACAGAAGAUCAAGCAAAUGAACAAGGACAGAACAUGUUCUCUAUGCACAGUGUAUUAGAUUUAGUAACCUUAGGUUUACUGAAACACUCUUGAUUCAAAAUUUUAGACACUGCAGUAGAAGAAAACUUAGCUAUGAUUUCUCCCCAUUGUAUUUAAUACAGUUUUCCAUAUAAAAAGGAAGAUUACCCACGUUCUUCCCUUAUGCUUGUAACUCAGUGUUUUGUAUAAUACCUGCACUUGUUCUUCUAAGACAAAACUUUUAUCGCAAGACAUUGAUCAUCUUCUUCCUCCAGAACAGUGAAAUUUAAAGCACAAAUAGGGCUAUCGCUAUUUGGGCAGAGAAAAUAUGUACAAUGCAAGAUAUAUAAAAUGUGAGUAUACACAAUGCAUAUACAGUGUACAUUAUGAGAUCCAUAUUAUUUGUGUCUGUGUGUAUAUAUAUAUAUAGUGUAUUGUAUAAUGUAAUAAUAGUGUGUGUAUAUACUAUAUAUGUCCACAUACUAUGUCUAGUAUAUAGUUACUUGUGCUGUACAUAAAAUGUGUAUAUACAAUGAAUAUGUAGAAUAUGCAUAUAUAUUCUAUAUAUUAAAGCUUGUGCGUAUGUAUGUAUUCUCUAAACAGAGAUGGAUACAGAAAUGGAAUUUUUACAGAAAUGCCGAUUAGAUCAUGGCUCUUAGAAUUUCAAAGUUCUGGUGAAAGAAAAGAAGGAGAAAUGACUACUUCUAAUAAAUUUGUUUCAAGAUUACUUUCAUUGGCAUGAAAAAGUGUGUUCACUAGCUGUGCCAAGUGUAAGAGAGAAACCUGGCAGAAAGUAGGUAUCAUCUGCACUGGAUGUGAUUUCACAUUCUUUUGAGGUUUUAAAGUGUCUUUUUGAAAUGUAGACUCAAUUUCUGAUCUUCUUGCAUGUGAUGGUCAUGUGGUGUCUUCUUUUUUCUCUAGGCUGAGGCAAUGAUUUUUCUCCUACAUUUGCUUGUAGUUUCACUUCUUUGGUUGUUUGGGGUUUUUUUUUCCCCUCCCCUUUCUUAAAAACUCUUUUUAAGAAGCUAUUCUCAUACACACACACUCCCCCAAACAGUCGCACACUAAGGUGGAAAACAUGUUUUUCUUGCUUCAUUCCAGUUAUAUAGGUUGCACAUAAUUGUCAUCUGGACUUCAGCUCUGUUUUUCCUCCAUUUCCACCUAAGCUUUUACUUUAGGAGGAAUGACUAUCCAUUGAAUUCUUGGCUUUGAGCAAGAAUGGAGGUGAUUCUACUUUCUACUUGGAUAAAUUAUUAGACUCUGUGGUACAUUGAGCAAUCACAAAGAGUUUAGUAGGCUUUUAUAGUGGCACAUGUGUGUUUUAUACAGAGUAUCAUCACUGCUGGAAUGACUCAUGGAAAACCGUGAAUUGCACACAGCACCGAGGCACAACAGUUAAAACAGGAAAGACGGACAAUUAUUCACGUUGAACCUACGCAUGCAAACUUUGCAUGUAGGACACAGGUAUUGAAUUACCCACAUUAUCCUUUAUAGACCAGUAUGUUCACAUUUGCCUCGAGUGGUUUCCCUAAGUUAUAUUCAAAUAGUCUUCUUGUAAAACAUACCAGUCAUUCUGCAAUAAAAACAGAUGCUCAUAAAAGUAGUACUUCUACAAUAAUGCUGUAUGAAAUAUUUUUAUAUUGGCAAAUAUUUCCUUAUGAAAUCUCUGCCCUAUGAAGAUCAUCAGUCCUUAUGCAUUUUGUUUCAUGUGACGUGCUCUCAAAGUGUAGGAAAUUCCAAGCUGUGUCUGACUGUGUAACCUUUUGUUUGUUUGUUUGUUUUAAAUUCCUGUCUGUGAAAUCUGUUGUCAGAAAUUUUGUAGAAAUUAUUUUGUCAUCUUAUGCUCAAAGAUAAUGCACUUUUCUUGGAUUCUUCUUAUAAUCCUUUUGGGGUUACUAUUUCUUCUUUAGUGUUUCUCCAUUGAGAAGAGUAUUUAUUCUGUAGAACUGAGGCCCAAGGAAUUUUGGUCCAAGUAGAAUUGUUGCUUUCCCUCGUGUAAGAGUUUGAUUUCUCCCUUCUGCGUUUUAUUCCUCCCUCUCAGGAAUUUCAUUUCUGUUUAAUCCUCAUUUAGAGUUGGAACUCUGUUAAAGUGAAUUGAUCAGUGCUAAUAAUGAUCUAGUUCAAAUAUCUUCCUAUACCGGUGGAACAGCUAAGUUUUUAUUGUGUGUCAACCAUUGCAUCUCUCUGUAGACUUCACAACAAACAUCUUUUCUUAGAAAGGAAUUUUGCUUAGAGUAUGGUGGAAUCAUAGAAGAUUUAUUUUUAGAGCAAAUAUGUUAACUAUUAUUCAUUGACACACCUGUUUUAUCAGUUGAUAUACUGCUCUUUUUACUUGAAAGUUUUAUAAAUAAAGGCUAAUUUGUUAUAAAAUGGAAUUUUCAUUUUUCCAACUUCUGCCUUCCCCUUUAAGUUUAACUUUGAAAGGAAGACUAGUGACUAUGGUUCCUUCUGCUGUUACAAUUAUAGAGUGCUCUUCUGGUGUCCCUUUUGAUAUGACGUUCUUUAGUCAGACCUAAAAAAGGUGGAAACACAAAGUGGAAACUGCAAUGUUGACCUAAAUUUGACUAAUAUCUCCAAAUAUGUACAGUAUUGUAGUUAUAUUUAUCUUUCAAAUAUCAUAACAAAUUGAAAGGUAUUUUAAUUUUAACCCAUCUCGUGUGUUUAUUGUUUAAUAUAAUAAGAGAAAUGUUAUUGUUUAAUAUAAUAAAUGAAAAGUUACUUUUUGGA